AUGCAGCCGUACACAAAAAACUUUGACACGAGAAGGGUACGUGGGAAAAACAGUUGGUCGCUUCAGUCGGAAAGGGUUAGCUGAAGGUGGAUUUGUGCGUUUGUGUUAGUUACACACUCUGUCAGUGCGGACUCGUUCGCUCAGUUUUUCGCUCUUGUUGUGUUGUGUUCUUGUGUAGCUGACUGCAGCCACAGAAGCGGACCCCGCGGACGCAGUCUGUGAGAAGAAUGUUUGAUCAUUUGCUUCUAUUGUCAACUACGUUAUAGUCUCAGAGAUUGCCUUGUCUUUUUGACCAGUCAUGGAAGACAAUGAGGAAGAGGAGAACUGCAAUAUAUACCCGAGCCUGGUUCCUCUCGGGAGUGAGAUCAGGGCCAGGAUGCAGCAGUUUGUGGAGGAAAGGACGGAAGCCAACAUGUGGACGGCAGUGCUGGUUGGAGCUGUGACAGUUGUUUCUGUUGUUGGAGUUGUCGUGUUUCUUCUUUACAGAAGAUACAAACUGUCAAAAGAAGCAGCCUGCGUUCCUCACUAUCGCUUCAGGAAAAGAGACAAGGUGAUGUUCUACGGCCGAAAGAUCAUGAGAAAGGUUCAGACAUUGUCCUCAGCCCCUGCUUCUAAUUCAAACUCAGCGUCCCGGCAGAGAGGAAGGAAGAGGACCAAAGUCCUGUCUAUAGCUCGCAAAAUCCUGCGUAUCCGGAGGGAACCCCCCACCCUGCAGCCCAAGGAGCCUCCUCCCUGUCUGCUUGAGGCUGACCUGACUGAAUUUGAUGUGCAGAACUCCCAUCUGCCCUCCGAGGUGCUGUACAUGCUGAAAAAUGUCAGGGUGCUUGGCCACUUCGAAAAGCCUCUUUUCCUGGAGCUGUGUCGUCACAUGGUGCUGAUCCCGUUGCACCAGGGGGAGGCACUCUUCCGACCGGGCGACACCGAUGACAGUAUUUACGUGGUUCAAGAUGGCCGCCUGGAGCUGUGCAUCCAUGAGAGCGAUGGCACAGAUGCUGUGGUAAAGGAAGUUUUACCAGGAGACAGUGUUCACAGUUUGCUCAGUAUCCUGGACAUCAUUACUGGCUAUCCAGCGCCUUACAAAACAGUCUCUGCGAGAGCUGCAGUUCCCUCCACUGUCCUGCGUCUUCCAGCCGCAGCCUUCCAAUCAGUCUUUGAGAAAUAUCCUGAAACUCUGGUCCGGGUCACCCAGAUAAUCAUGGUGCGUCUCCAGAGAGUUACCUUCCUUGCCUUACACAACUACCUUGGCCUGACCACUGAGCUCUUCAACCCGGAUGUGAGUGUAGCGUUUGUCAUCUCUGGGUUGCUGCACGUUUACCAGCGCAUGAUAGACCGCGAGGAGGACACCCUGCUGUUUGUCACCCACCCAGGGGAGAUGGUGGGCCACCUGGCUGUUCUCACGGGGGAGCCCCUUAUCUUCACUGUCCGAGCUCAGAGAGACUGCACCUUCCUCUCCAUAUCCAAGGCCCACUUCUACGAGAUAAUGCGUGAGGAGCCCAGGGUGGUGCUGAACGUAGCUCACACUGUGGUGAAGAGGGUGUCACCAUUUGUCAGGCAGAUUGACUUUGCCCUGGACUGGAUGGCUGUGGAGGCUGGCCGUGCCGUCUACAGACAGGGAGACAAGUCAGACAGCACCUUCAUCGUCCUGAGUGGCAGACUGCGCUCCGUCAUUGCAAAGGAUGAUGGGAAGAAGGAGCUGGCUGGAGAGUAUGGCCGCGGGGAUCUGAUUGGUGUGGUUGAGGCCCUUACCCACAUGAACCGAGCCACCACGGUCCAUGCUGUGAGGGACUCCGAGAUGGCCAAGCUACCCGAGGGAGCUCUGAACUCCAUCAAGAGGAGGUAUCCUCAGGUUGUCACCAGGCUGAUUCAUCUGCUGGGGCAGAAGAUUCUGGGAAACAUGCAGCAAGUCAAUGGACCUCUGGCUGCUCGUAGUCUGGCUCUCCAGACCCCCACCAGUAAGUGGGACGCUGGGAAUCCAGCCUCCAACCUGUCCACUGUGGCCAUCCUGCCUGUGUCUGAAGAGGUUCCACUCACUGCCUUCACUCUGGAGCUGCAGCAUGCACUCAGUGGCAUCGGCCCUACUCUACUUCUGACCAGUGACAUCAUCAAACAGCGACUAGGCUCUGCUGCUCUGGACAGUGUCCACGAAUACCGUCUGUCCAGUUGGCUCGGACAGCAGGAAGACAUCCAUCGCAUCGUCCUCUACCAGUCUGACUCUGGCCUCACACCUUGGACCCAGCGCUGCAUCCGCCAAGCUGACUGCAUCAUCAUUGUUGGACUGGGUGAGCAGGAGCCCACUGUGGGUGAGUUGGAGCGGAUGUUGGAGGGCAGUGCAGUUCGCGCUCAGAAGCAGCUGGUGUUGCUGCACAGAGAAGAUGGCCCACCACCCAAAGGGACGGCCGAGUGGCUAAACAUGCGGAGCUGGAUCUCCAGACACCAUCACCUGUCUUGCCCCCGCAGAGUGUUCUCCAAGAGGAGUUUACCUAAGCUGAGAGAGUUGUACCAGCGUGUGUUUGAAAAGUGUCCAGAUCGUCAUUCCGACUUCUCCCGUCUGGCCAGGAUCCUGACGGGAAACAGCAUCGCCCUUGUGCUGGGUGGAGGGGGUGCCAGGGGCUGCUCUCAGGUCGGCAUCCUGCGGGCGCUGAAUGAGGCAGGGAUUCCUGUCGACAUGGUGGGCGGCACCUCCAUCGGCUCCCUCAUGGGAGCGCUGUACGCUGAGGAGAAGAGCAACAGUCGCAUGAGGGUCCGGGCUCGUGAGUGGGCCAUGGAUAUGACCUCUUACUUUAAGAAGAUCUUGGAUCUGACCUACCCUGUUACCUCCAUGUUUUCUGGAGCUUCCUUUAACUCCAGCAUCAGCUCUGUCUUCAAGGGCAAACAGAUAGAGGACCUGUGGUUGCCAUACUUCAACAUUACAACAGAUAUCACAGCUUCCUCCAUGAGAGUCCACACUUAUGGUUCGUUGUGGCGGUAUGUCCGGGCCAGUAUGUCGCUGUCUGGUUACCUGCCGCCUCUCUGUGAUCCCAAAGAUGGACACUUGCUCAUGGACGGAGGGUACAUCAACAACCUGCCUGCCGAUGUAGCUCGCUCCAUGGGGGCCAAGGUUGUGAUUGCAAUCGAUGUUGGAAGUCGCGAUGAAACCAACCUGACCAACUACGGUGACUCCCUGAACGGCUGGUGGCUGCUAUGGAAACGCUUCAACCCUCUGGCUGAGAAAAUCAAGGUCCUGAACAUGGCAGAGAUCCAAACCCGGCUUGCUUACGUCUGCUGUGUGCGGCAACUGGAACUGGUCAAAGACAGUGAAUACUGCGAGUACAUCCGGCCACCCAUCGACCACUACAGCACGCUAGAGUUCGGCAAGUUUGACGAGAUCGCAGAGGUGGGAUACCAGCACGGAAAGACAUUGUUUGAUGUUUGGCUGCGCAGCGGCGUGGUGGACAGCAUGCUGAAGGACAGACAUCAGGAAGAGUUCCACAAGACCAAAACUGGCCAUGUGAUCCACUGUCCAAGCUCCUUCACUGAUGGAAAGGAUGUGUACGAGAAUCGAACUGUGAAGAAUGCCUUAAUCAGUGAGGAACUGUCUGAUGAAUACCAGACCGAUUAUGAUGAGGAGGCGGUGGAAAGCGCCCUGUCUGACUUUGAGGGUUUUACCCCAGGCAGUGAGUACACUGAGGGAGAGGAGACGGCAGACACUGCUGAAACGGAUGAGGAAAUUCCAAUCCGAAUUCGACGUCGCACAAACAAUGCCUCACAAACUCCUAGUGGGCCAUGACAUCCAUCAAAAGCUGUGACUGCCUGUCAGGCUGUGGACAGUGGUCCACAACACACACAUUUCAAUGCAGUAUUUCUGGUAACCUUUGAGAAUUUCCCUCAGUUUGCAUUGAGCAAGGUGUAGCUGAUGCUUAUACAAUUAGCAGUCGGCCAGCAUGCUCACUGUCUUGCUCAAAAACAUUCAGCAGGACAAAAACCUUCCAGCAAAGGGACAUAGUUUUAUUGCGGUGAAGAGUGGGUCUCAUUGUUUCCAGCACUGUUUAAAUCAGUGGGUCUAAAUCUUGAGGAGGUUCCAGGGGGUCCUCAGAAAAGUGGGGAAUAUUUUAAUCUCCCUGUUAUUUCAUGGGCUAGAAGUUAUCCCAGUGAGAGAUUGUAUAACUGUUCUGUUUUCAGGAAUCAGUCUUCACUGUUAAUCUGCUAAUCUGCUAAUCUACAGACAGUUAUUAUAACUUCUCAUUAUUAGAUGGGGAUCCCUGAGACUACAUCUCAUCAAACAUGGACGGAUUUGUAUCAGUGUGGGGGUUCUUGACACCAAAAAGGUUGAGAACCACUUGUUCAGUCCAGUAACAACCACGGUUCUCACUCGUCAUGAAACUAACCCUUCCUGAGUCUACCCCUUUUUGCUUUGAAGAUGGUAAAAGGAUAAAAGGGACAUGUAUAUAUCCACUGUCAUGCACUGUAUGUUCUGACACCUUUCUAUCAGAACCGGCGGGACUUAGGAAGGGUCAAUUUCCCAACAUUUGGGAAAUCCAUGGUUUCUGUCUGUUGACUUUGGAAAAUCAGGAAAAGCAAAGAAUUGUACAAAUCGGUUAAUUUAAGGGAAUAGAGUGUUAAGGGAGUGUUGUUGUUUGUUUGUUUUUUUGGCACAUUCAUUGACUUGUUUGGACUGGUGUUUUCUUACAACUUUAAAAUGCACUACAAUCCUUUGCCAUAAUAUCUCAUUAUAUGCAGUACCACUUUUUGGGACAGUUCUGUGCAUGGCUGGUUCUUACCACAAUAAGCUCAGAUCAUUUUACAAUGUUUACAGAUAAGUUAAAACAGUAUAUACAGUGGUGGCCAAAAUUAUUAGAACACCUGACAGAUCUGAAAAUAUUGACCUUUUUUUGCCUGCAAAACAUGAUUUCAUUUCAUAAUGUUCAUGAAACAUGCAGAUGGUUGCUCUGAGCACAUCAAAUAUCAAAUGAAGUGAAUCCUACUGUUUUUAUCCACUUUUAACUUUAAUAUUUGGUAUGUCCACCUUUUGCAGCAAUUCCAGCAGGACAUUUCUCUGGCAUAGUCACAGUAUAUUUCCUGAGAACUUCAACACUAAUGUUAUCAUGUACAAUGGAUCUGUGCAGUUUAUUUUCCAACUCGCCCCAAAAUUGCUCGAUGGGGUUGACUUUGAGCUUUAAUUCUACCCCCUCCGUGUUUAACUGUUGGCAAGAGACACUAAUUUUUAUAUCUCGCCCUCACCCUCCGUCGAACAUACACUCUUGCUGCCAAACUGUUCAAACUUGGACUCAUCAGUCCACAACACUUCAUACCAAUCUUCCUUUUUCCAUUUUGUGUGUUCUUUUGCCAAUUUCAGUUGUUUCACUCUAUUUUUCUCUUUCAUCAAUGGUUUCUUUGCUGCUAUUCUGCCAACAAGUCCUUCUUCCCCCAUUUUCCGACGCACAGUUAUUGAAGACACUGUUGCACCUUCUCGUGAGGUCGUUCUUCUGUCCUUAAGACUGACAGUUUUGAGAUGCUUCACUUGUCUGUCUGAAAGUUUCUUUUUUCUACCUCUCCCCUUUCGGUUCUGGUGUGAAUUGGUGGCAUCAUGGCAGUUUAAAGUGUACUUUUCAGUGCUUGGACUGCAAAUCAAGUGAUUGGCUAUGCAGCGGUAACUCAAGCAAGCAUCAAAAAGGGCCUUUAUUCGACCCGUUGCUCACUCGUUAGCUCCUUCUUCACCUUAGCCAUGUUCAAAGAGCAACGUGCUUCAAGACUACGUCUAGAGGCUUUUUUCUAUUUUUUUUUUAUUUUUUAUUAUAUAUAUACCAAUUGAACUGCACCCCACAAGAGCUGCAGGUUUGGAGAACCUCUGACCCAGUCGUCUAGCCAUCACAAUUUGGCAAAAGUCGCUC